AUGGCGGAACAGAUCAAAGCCGUGAAGGUGAGGGUGGAGAGCUCGAAGCUCGUCAAGCCUUCGUAUGUAGGCGAACCGCCGUCCACCGAUCUCUGCAUUCCUCUCAGUGUCUUCGACAAGAUCAAUUACAAAGUCCACGGGGCCGUCAUCUACGCCUUCCGGCCGCCGACGCCGCCCAACACGGACAUCGAGAAGGGGCUUGUCACGGCGCUGUCCGAGCACCGGGAGUGGGCUGGCCGGCUGCACGAGGACGCCCAGGGUGAGCCCGUCAUCCUCCUCAAUGACGCCGGGGCAAGGUUCAUCGAGGUGUCGUCGGAUGACGUGCUCGAUCGAGCCGUCAUUCACGAGCCGUCGACGGCCUUGUUGCCGCUGCAUCCGUGGGUCAAAGGCGUGGAGGAGCUGUUGCAGGUGCAGCUGACGAGGUUCGCGUGUGGAACCCUGGUGGUGGGCUACACGUCGCAUCACUGGGUCGCCGAUGGCCAUUCCAUGAGCAAGUUCAUCGUGGCAUGGGGUCUCGCCACACGGGGCCUUCCGAUGGAUCCCCUCCCCUUGCACGGCCGCGGCGCCUUCUUCAUCCCCCGCAAUCCACCUCGCGUCGAGUUCGAGCACCGUGGGGUGGAGUUCACGGCCAGGAAGGCGUUCGACGCCGAGGACGCCGCGGACGACAUAGCGGACGACAUAGUCUUCCACAAGGCGCACUUCAGCAGAGAAUUCCUGGAGAUGCUCAAGGCUAAGGCCUCGAUCGGGGCCGACCGGCGCUACAACACGUUCGAGAGCCUGAUGGCGCACUUAUGGCGAGUUGUGAGCGUAGCCCGCGGGGUGGACGAGCGCAUCACCAGCGGCCUCCGCAUCUCCGUCAACGGCCGCGCGAGACUGAGGCCCCCUGUGCCGGACGAAUACCUCGGCAACCUGGUGCUGUGGGCGUUUCCCCGCGUGAAGGUGGGGGAUCUCGUCAACAGGCCACUGCAGUUCGCGGCGGCGCUCAUCCACGAGGAGACCGCGAGGAUGGACGACGGAUAUUUCAGAUCGUUGAUAGAUUUCGCGAGCUUGGAGGACGUGAAGGACGAGGCGCUGGAGGGAGCGGCCGAAGCGAACUAUAGGGUGAUGAACCCAAACUUGGAGGUGCACAACUUGGUGAGGUUCCCGUUCUGGGACCUCGAUUUUGGUAGUGGGAAGCCAUUCAUGUUCAUGCCAUGCUACGUGCCCGUGGAGGGAAUAAUGUUCUUGGUGCCAUCCCCCACUCGAGACGGAAGCAUGGACGUUUACGUGGCCUUGUUAAAACACAACGUGUCCUCGUUCAAGCAGCUGUGUCAUAUGGUAAGGCCUAAUUUGUAA